GGAGGUAUCACAUGUCACCGCUGGGCCAUGCCGUCAGUCUGCUGUAAGGGAAGUAAGCGGCACUUCCUUCUUCCUACGCACACCGACUCCACGCAGAACCGGUUCACACAGGGCGCCAGCGGCGAUGAGCGGGACCGGAACCCCGGACCCGGCUCGUCCCACAUGAUCCUCUCCUCGGCUUGACGGGGUCCGAGGGCGUCGCGUAAUGUCACCGGGUUCAAACAGGCGCUCCCAGAAGAACGACCCACGACCGACCCCCGCUCGCCGCGGCUGACUGACGGCUCCGCCGGAGGAGCGCUGCCCUUUUCUGCCGCGCACAGCAAUGGCUGCCGCGGGGAUGGGCGAGAGGAGGUGCCGCUAAGUCUCGCUUCGCGUUUUCGGGGCUCGUCGGGGGGAAAAGCCGGACACGGAGGCACGAUGAAGAAGCAGUUUAACCGCAUGCGACAACUCGCCAACCAGACAGUCGGAAGGGCGGAGAAGACCGAGGUGCUGAGUGAUGACCUCCUACAGAUUGAGAGGCGGAUGGAGCUGGUGCGACUGGUGUCGCAUAACGCCCACAAGAAGCUGGUGUCAUGUCUACAGGGUCAACUCGGCACAGACACGGAGAAGAGACACAAAAAGCUGCCAUUGACGGCGCUGUGCCAGGCCAUGCAGGACGGAGGCAGCCAGCUCGGGGACGAGAGUCUGAUCGGCAAGAUGAUGGAUGUGUGCGGCGAAGCGGAGAGCAGGCUUGCCUCCGAACUGAUGCAGCACGAGAUGCAAAUCGAAAGAGACAUCCUGGAUCCUCUGAACCAGCUAGCGGAGGUGGACAUUCCCAACAUACUGAGACAGAGGAAGCAACUGGCCAAGCUGGUCCUCGACUACGAUUCAGCCAAGGCCAGGUGGUAUCAGGCCACGAAAUCCAACAACCAGGCCAUGGCAGCUAAGACCGAUUCUCUCAAAGAUGAGAUGGACGAGGCGCUCAAUAAAGUUGAAAUAUGCAAGGACCAGCUCUCUGCAGACAUGUACAACUUCGCUUCCAAAGAGGGGGACUACGCACGCUAUUACCUCAUGUUGUUAGAAGCGCAGGCAGACUACCACAGGAGGUCUCUGCAGGCUUUAGAGGCAGCUAUCCCCACCAUCCAGUUACAGCAAGACUCGUGGAUGGAGAAACCAGCGUUCGGCACGGCCCUGGAAGAGCACCUGAAGAGGAGCAACCGGGAGAUAGCCCUGCCCCUCGAGGCCUGCGUCAUGAUGCUGCUGGAGACAGGCAUGAAGGAGGAGGGUCUGUUCAGAAUUGCAGCUGGGGCUUCAAAGCUGAAGAAGCUCAAAGCGGCGUUGGACUGCUCCACCUCACAGCUGGAAGAAUUCUACUCCGACCCCCAUGCCGUAGCUGGAGCCCUGAAGUCCUACCUCAGGGAACUUCCUGAACCGCUCAUGACCUUCGGCCUGUUUGAAGAGUGGAUACAAGCCUCCAAUGUGUCUGACCCCGACAAGAGGCUUCAGGCCUUGUGGGUGAUAUGUGAAAGUUUACCAAAGGCCCACAAGGCUAACCUCAGGUAUCUGGUGAAGUUCCUGGCUAAGCUGGCCCAAGACAGCGAGGUUAACAAGAUGACUCCCAGUAACAUUGCCAUAGUGCUGGGACCCAACCUGCUGUGGCCUGAGGGGAACCUGGCAGAGAUGGCGGCAGCUACAUCAGUCCAUGUGGUCUCCAUCAUAGAGGCCCUAAUUCAGCACGCCGAUUGGUUCUUCCCCGAUGAUGUGGACUUCAACGUAUCGGGCAUGUUCGUCAUGCCCACACACCCAGCGACCCCAGACCCUGAACCCAGCCCAGACAAGAGACGCCCCGGCAGCCUGGUGGGGCAGGAGGGGGACAAUCCCAGCCCCCGUAAAGACAGCCCUGCUUACAAACAGCCGGAACCCGCUCCGCGUAGAACCGGCACUGUAAAUAGAAAACAGCCACAGCUAACCUCACCCAUCUUCCAACCCCCACUGCCCCCUCUGGAGGCCAGGGGUCCUGCCCAACCUGAGCCCCAGCCCCUGCUGCUGUCCCUGGCAUCAGAGGUUGAGCAGCCUGUCCCAGCUGGUGGUGGUAGUGGUGGUGGUGGCGGCGGCGGCGGUGGUGGAGCAGGAGGUGGUGAUCAGGUUGGUGGGGCCCAGGUAGCUACAGUGCAGCCUCAGGUUGUAACCCAGCUCAGCACUGAGGAGAGCAGCCCGGCCCGUGACCUCACCUCCACCCCUCCACCCCAGAGGAACGGCUCGGCCCAUCUUACAGUGGGCGCCCCCCACUCCCAGGGCGGGUCCAGGGGGCCCAGUCCCCACAUGGUGCGCAGAGGCACAAAGAAGCAGGCCCCGGCCCCACCAAAACAAGCCAGCCCGUACGCGUCGCAGCACGCCGGCCAAACGCCCGGCUCCCCCUACCAGCCGCCCAUCGCCCCCCGACGGCACUCUGGCAAAGAGAGCUCCAUCCAGGCCCCCAACCACCCGCCUCCGCAUCCUCCACAAGCCCACCAGACCCAGGGGGAGUUGGAGCCGUCUCCUCCCAGCACUCCCACCCCUCCCGAUACUCCACCGCAUGACGGACCUCUCUCCAACCCUGUUUCCUCCUACCACUCUGGAUCUCUUCCUCGCCCCUCCCGGCCAGCGCCCAAGCCACGUCCCAGGCCCAGCAUGCCGCCGCCCCCACAGCCGCCCAUGAAUGACAACGGAGAUGGCACCUGCAGUUCCGCCUCCAAGAUCAUAACAGAUGGAGACCUGGUUAUAAAGGGGGUUGGUCGAGCCUUCAUCCCCGAGAUUGCCGUGGACCAACAGGGGGAGAGCUCUGCUGGUCAUGAGCCCUCCUCCAACUCCUCCUCCUCCUCCUCAACCAUGUCGAUGGACCCGGAGAGCCAGAUGGAGAGCACCAUUCUGUAAAGAGGACGGGGUUGUGCUGACAUCAUCCCCAAACAGGUUCCUUUAAAUCAGCUGUUCCCUGUCAUCAUCGCUGAUGUUCACACACAAUUUCUCACAUGUGGAACCAAAACAGGUCGCCUCCCUCAAGUCAUUUUGGACGCCAUCACAUGGAAAACCUGCCUGCCCUCCUCUCAGCAUGGCUGGGCCCGGACCCCCGUAACCUCCUCACACAAUGGUGGUCAUAUAUAUAUAUAUAUAUAAUUAUACAUGGACGGAUUAGGAUGUGACUGCACCGUUUUGCCCGAUAGUUAAUGAACCUGAACCAUAUAACCUGAACCAUGUAUCCACUAAACGUAAGAGCUGAUGGAGCUUUCUGUUCUAUCCCGCUAUAAUACUUUGAACUUAUCCAUUUAAAGCUUCACAGCUACGAACGCUCGCUGAAAAGAGGUGCGGCUACCGUGGCAAGAUUUCCCAGAGCAUCCCGUCUAUAGAGGAUCUCGGCAUCGGGUUCCAGCAACCGAGACCCGAGAACCAGUAUUUUGUAUCCGGCACUUUCUCGGGUGGAGCCGUUAAGUUGGCCGUUCCUCAAGCGGAAGUGGCGAGACUUAUUUUCACAGAAACGGAGUGUAAAGCGUUUUACAUCCGAGAUAUUUUAUCGGUUUUAGGCUACAAGAUGUGGUAUUGGGGUUAAAGGGGCUUUUUAUAACUGCUAUAUACGUGUGCAGGACGUUAGGACCACGCUGGACCCUACGCUGUACGCCCAGAGGACCAAAGAUAUAUAUUACUGAACUUGCUGAGGGCCAAAGAGGAAAUGAUGCUUUAAACAUGUGCAGAGGCAUCGUUGCUAACAGCCAAAUGUUGUGUGGAAAGACUGCAGUAUAUUAUAAUGGAUCUCUUCUGCAAUGUAACCCCCCCCCCCCGCUCCCAUACGGCGUGAACUCUGUGGGGUUUGUUCUUUCAGUUUUACCUCACGUCAGUAUAUUAAGAAAAAAAAUAGUUUGCAGUCAAACUCAGAUGUGCUUGAUCGCUGCAUUUUAUUUAAUUCCACAUGUUGUGAUUUACCUGGCCGCGGACACGGCAGCCGCCGUGCUCGGCGUCAUUUGAGUAAAAUGUUCAUUUCUUAACAAAUCAGCAGUCGACAGGAGGUCAUGUAACGCUACCAGGGAUCAGUCGGCUUCGUCUGAAAGACACAAACGCACGUGCAAAAUCAUUAAUUUUAUGUUGGUGUCAAAAUUUUUUAAUAGGAAAUGACGUUGACAAUCUUUACUGGGAUAUUUUUUCCAUGACUUUUGAUUGUUGCUUCCUUCUUUUUUUUGCUGCCCUUUCCCCUUGCUUUUUUCUGUUUAGAAGCCAAACAAGUGAACAAGAAGGUUGUUUUUUUUUAUUACAAGUGGUUGAUACCAGGUUUGUUCAUAUGGAAAGGAAAGCUUUGGUGAUAUUAUUACUCCUGAUGAUAACAAUUAAACACAAAUCAUUAAACGUG